GAGCAGGGCGUCUCUUGCAGCCCGCUCAAACGCCACGAAUGUGGCGCAGUUUAACCAGGCCGCGGGCGAUUUCGCCAACUGGGGGCAGUCGACUGCGCCUGGGCCUGGUGCCGUGGUCAUGGCAAACCGCGCCGGUCAGCAGGCCGAGGUCAUGGCACAGGCUUGGGGCCCGGCCGUGAACGAGGCGAGGGUCAAUCCAAACCAUUCCUGGUUUCACCUUGAGCCUUGCCUCGGUUGUGUGCGCGACGGCGAGCAGCGCGCACCCGUGGUCGACAAGGAGGCCUUCCUUGCGGCACCUCCCAUCAAGGCGGAGCUUGACUCCCACCUUCUGCUGGUCAACGGCCAAAUGGCACCUGACGGUGUGGCCGUUCUUGGCACAGCUGACAACUUCCUGCAGAAAGGCCACCACCAUGAGCAAAGCGUGAAGCAGGCACGGAAUGCGGCCAAGCCUGCGGCGACGGCGAACCCAGAGAUGCGAGUGGUCAAGCACGAGAGCGACCCAGUCUCGACCGUUCUUACGUACUACUGCACCGCGAAGACCGAGGAGACAAGGCCUUUUAUCGUGGGUGUGCCUGAGCUCCACAGAGAUCAGUCUGAGCUCGGCCUUGCAUCGAUUAAACUUUUCGGGGGCAAGGAGGGGUCCGCGCGCGCCGGCUCCAUGGCCGCCGUGGUUGGGGAGUCGUUUGCACCCUUCCCGCGCCCCGACGAGGUGCUUCGCGACGCAGGCUCGUCGAUGGAUCGCGUGAAGGAG